AUGGUUGACAAGUAUAAAGCAUUGUUUGACAAACAAGUUAGAGAGAUUGAGCUUAGGAUGCCCUUGAUUGAUGCUUUUGUGAUGAUUCCUCCUUACCAGAAGUUCUUGAAAGAUGCUGUGAUGGAAAGAAUCAAAGAAGUUCAGGGGAUGGUGCAUCUUAGCCAUGAGUGUAGUGCCAUAAUCCAAAAGCAAGUGAACCCUCAAAAGUUGAGAGAUCCAGGCUCCUUCACUAUACCUUGCUCAAUAGGACCUUUGACUUUCAACAGAUGCCUUUGUGAUUUGGGAGCCUCAGUGAGCCUCAUGCCUUUGACAGUUGCAAGGCGCCUUGGAUUUACAAGGUAUAAACCAUGCAAUAUAUCUUUGAUCUUAGCUGAUAGAUCAAUAAGACUACCACAUGGUGUUUUGGAAGAUCUACCUGUUAGAAUUGGAGCAGCAGAAGUCCCAACAGACUUUGUAGUCUUGGAAAUGGAUGAGGAGCCAAAAGAUCCCUUGAUUUUGGGAAGACCUUUCCUUGCUACAGCAGGAGCAAUAAUAGAUGUGAGAGAAGGAAAGAUUGAUCUUAACUUAGGAGAUGAUCUCAAAAUGACAUUUGAUAUUGUGGAGGCUAUGAAGAAACCAACAGUUGGGGGACAAGUCUUUUGGACUGAAGAGCUGGAUAAGCUAUCAGGAGAACUAAUGGAAGAACUAGCAGAAGAAGAUCAUCUUAGGACUGCCUUGACCAAAAGUGGAGAGGAAGGGUUCAUCCAUAAAGAAACCAAGGCCUAUGAAGAGAUAUUGGAUUCAUGUAAAGAAUCAGAUUUUUGA